CGGCCCUGGUAAAAAAGGCUCGCCUGCCCUUUCCUUCCCCAUGUCCGGUGCGGAGAAGUACGCUUCGUCCGCGCAUGGACCGGAGAAGAGACGCGUCCUCGCAACGAGUGAAGGCAUGGACAUCGAAGCUUUUCUGGCCCCCAUGCAGACGGCCAUCGCGAACACUCGAAGUGGAGGAGGCCUGCCGCCGGACCUGGGCAACUUUUCGCUGGAAUUCGAAGUCGCCUCCGCGCUGGACGAUGACAACGAGCGCCUGAGUGACGACCUCGAGUACGACGACAAUGAAAUCGAGCGCAACACAAUCUUGAUCCCAGACGAGGACCUGGACGACUUGGACGACGAUGGUCUAGACGAUGGUCUCGACGACGACGUUCUAUCCCACAAAGGUAGGCAAUCCAUUCUCAGCAGUGAUGGCGGCGACAGCCUCAACGACAGCGACAGCGACAUCAUGGGCAGUGAUGUCGAAGGCGCCAGCGAAUCGACGUCGGGGGAGUUCUUUGACGAAGCCCGGGAUUCGUUUGACGCGCGUGCAUUUGAAUCUGUGAUGAGCGACCUCAACUUUGAGUUUGGCGACCGAAAUAGCGACGUGACGCAACUACUUACGGCCACGACCGAGGACGAGACGCAACUCUCCGAGUCCUCUCCAUCCCCUGCUGUCGUGUCCCAUCAUCUCCUCCAUCCGACCAACAUCAAUCUGUCCCCGGACGACGAAGACAUUUACGACGCCGAGGCCGUGGAGGCUGUGACGUUGUCGUCGACGUCGUUGCGCCGCCUGUCCCUCGAUCACUCUACGGCGUCCCUCCAGCAAGCCACGGGCGCCAUGUACAAGCUGAUUUGGGAAGACGGGCUCCUGGGCCUUCGCCUCAUGAUGACGCCGCUGUUCCUGCCGUCCGUGACCAAAAUCACGGGCAAGAGCUCGAUGCUUGGCAUCCACUUGGUUGAAGUCGGCGACUACCUCGUCAAGAUUGGCGACACGGAGACCCACCGCAUGCCUUUCAAGGACGUGAUCAACCUGCUCAAGCAAGUAUCGCGGCCUUGCCCGUUGGCGUUUCGCCGCGCGUCCGAUGCCGCCACGCCGCCGAUGGACGUCAUGAUGGGGGGACCGGGGGCGUCCAAGAACUUUGCGUGGAAAUCGAGCAUCGCCCAGCGCAUCGCCGCCAAGAUCGAGGAGCUGGCGGCGGAGGAGCUGGCCAAGGAAGCGCAGGCGCCGGCCGUCGACUUGGACAAAAAGUACGCCGUGUACUGGGAAGACGGUCCCCUGGGCGUGAGUUUGGUGGCCAACAAGGAAGUGCCGUACCCCCAGGUGACGCGCAUCACGGGCAAGAACCGAUCCGCACAGGUAAAGGACAUCGUACCAGGCCACUACCUGGUCUCGAUCGGAGCCUACGACACGGCCAGUGGCACGUUCAACGCUGCGAUAAAGCAACUGCACGAUGUGGUCAAGCCUGCGACACUGUUCUUUGCCCCCGACUUGCGCCAAGAGUCGAUCCGACCCGAGCUUGACGACCACGACGAGUACGAACAAGUCUGGGAAAAGAAGCAACCGCUGGGGUUUACACUCAAACCCAUGGCGUACGGGACAGUCGUGGCCGACGUGGGGGCAGCCAAGACGACCAAACUGAAGCGCGACGUGAAUGGCGGCGGCAGUCCGACCAAUGGCAUGCACUUGGGCGGGGGCUUUGGGGGGUCGAUCAAGGUGGGCGACGCGCUCACGUGGGUCAACGACGAGUGUGUCGAGAACAUGCCGUUCCACGACGCGCUCAAGACGUUGCGGCAGGCCAAGCGGCCGCUGCAUCUUCGUUUUCGAUGCGAACAUGCUGCGAUCAGACUAUUAUCCGCAGGCCGUCUGUCCGUGCCGCCGCCACCACCGUCGCUGCCGCCGCCUCCCCUUGAACCCCUCUCAACCUCCCCCAAGCGGAAAGACCUCAAGAAAAUGGACCUCCCGACAUCGACAACCUCCAUCCCGCUCACGGCCAAACUGCAUGCGGCUCUGAAAGACGCUGUGCUUCCCUUUGGAAAGAAGAACUACCACAAUCCCGUCAAUCCGGACCCCGACACGGCAACCCCCGACUCGACGUCGAGGCGGAAAAAGAAAGAUCGAAGCGGUGGAGGGGGUGUGGGGGACUUGAGGAGUAGUUUGGUGGGGGCGGGGCCGCCAUCGAUCUCUGCGGCUCCAUCGUCGCCGGCGCAAGUAGUCGAGAAAUCGCAUCCCUCGCGAAGCUUCUGGUCGUCAUCCAAAGACAAAGCUGGGCCGUCGGCUUUGCAAGCAUCGUCGCAACAACCAGCACGUCCUUCGACGAUGGCUCCGUCUGGCGGUGGUGGUGGUUCGCGGCACCUCACCCAUCCCAGUCCAUCUGCCACCGACCCGUCUGCAGCGUCGUCGUCCCCUCAGAAAACUAGCGCGCGUGCACAGUCAUCUGCCGCUUCGUCCGCCGUCGACGGCCACUCUCGACAUCAGCAUGCCUUGUCGGUACAGUCGCCUCUGUCGGUGGAAGGUGGCGGCUGCCCAGAUGUCCCGCCUGUCGACCACCAAUCCCACCAACGAAGCCAGCCGCAUCACAGCAAACAACAUCACGGCAAGCAUCACCACCAUCUGCCUCAAUCGCACGACGACAGCGUCAAAGCAGCGUCGUCAUCGUCUGCGACAAAGAACAACGUUCCGUUUGAAUACGAAAUCACGUGGCGGGCGGGGGAAGAGCUCGGGGUGACAUUGAAACCCCAUCCAGAGUCUCGACGCGCCGUGGUCGCGCGGGUAUCUGGCACGAACGACAACGCCAAACGGGUGGCUCUCGGCGACGUGCUCUUGGGGGCGAAUGGGAUUCCGUUGCCGCCGCAGCAAAAGUUCAAGGAUACGUUAUCGCAGCUGAGCACGAUGCCCAAGCCGACGGUGCUGCGCUUCCUCCGUCCCGCCCGCCCCGUCUUCCCCACGAGCAGCCACCGCCGAGACGCCCCCGUGCUGCCGACCCUCGACCCCCACGCGUACUAUGACCUCGAGUGGCCCGACAUGACGCGGCUCGGCCUCCUCUUUGCCCCCCAUCCGGUUACCAACGCCCCCCUCGUGUCCCGGCUGGACCCUGUCGCAUUCGACGGAAGCGACCACCUCAAGCAUGUGCAUGUGGGCGAUGUGCUCGUCCAGCUGGGGACGCUCGAUCUUCGCGGACUCAAGUUUGACAAUUGCAUCACAGCGCUCACAGUCGUGACACGGCCAGUGGUCAUGCGGUUCCGACGGGCGGCCGAGUCGGCGGCAGGCGGCGGAGUGCGCCCCCAGCCCUAACGUCACAAGGACAGAUCGAUCGACCUGCGUAGUUGUUGUGUGCGACGCCAUAUUUAGAUCUCAUCCAACACGGGACCACACACACACACACAUCCCCCUCUCCCUUUUAAAACAUACAAGUAGUCCUAUUUGUUUAGCUACAGAUCUCGUCGACUUAGUCAGAAUUCUGUCGCUGCAAGAGCACCGCGGCUUCGUACUGCAGCGACAAGUCCACUUUAGUCGGUUGGUUGGAGUAGUUGUUGAUCGUGGCAUUGUUUCGGCGUUGGUUGACAGUAUGAUUCCCCCCCCCUCCCCCUCCACCAGUGUGGUUGGGGCCGCCGCCGCCGCCUUGGAGCGGUUGCAACGACGGCGCGCCGCUUCGUCCAACGCUCAGCUCGACCGCCGUGUGCGACGUUGCUGCGGUAGUUGCUGGCGUCGACCGGUUGAAAAAACUCCACCCAGAGCUCGUAGCCGUCGGUCCCUUGGCCAACAGCCGCUUCCGCUCCGCCGCUUCCUUCUUCUUGAGCACGACGUCGUCGUCAAAUCGCUGCGCGAGGCGUUGCUUCUCGGUGAGUAACUCUUGCUCGCUGAACUUGAUGUCUUGGUGGAUAUCUGUAAACGCCAACACGUCGAUGAAGUUGUUCAUGAGGGGCCCCUUCACUUGGUUGGUCACGUCCGUGUUCUUUUCGCGCUCCAUGCGCAAAAAGUCGUCAAUCUUGAACGCGUAGUGAUGCACGACCGAAAACGCGAGCAUCUCGAGGCAGAUGGUAAAGUCGUUGACCGCUGGCGACAGCUCCUCCGCUUCCCAGCACCCGUGGUACGCGCAUGAGGCGGGGUUCGACGCGUCUGUGCAAUGCACGUCCGUGCAUCGAAUAUGCCAGUUCUCGCUGAUCACACCGAAACGCGCGAGCCACCCGAUGACCAGACUCUGCCAAAACGUAAAGAAAAUGAUCAUCUUGACCGCGAGAAACUUGGGCAAAGGACGCAUGGGACGUAGCUCGUCCGAGCAUCCGUGGUAGAACAACACGAGGCAGUACAAUGCCCAUGUCUGGGACACUGUGAGAAGCAGUGUCAGCCACGGGUACAUCUUGGUCGGGUCAGUGUAGAUGCCUUCGCCGUAGAACCCAAAGAUGGAGCUGACGAACGUCAUGACCGUGAUGAAGAUCUUGCACGGGAUAUACUGGAGGAUCCCGAUCGAGUUGUUGCGGACAAACACUGGUCCCAUCUUCCACGUUUCCAUGCACCACUGGAACCCCAUCAUGUGGUGCGCUUCGUGCUUCUUACUGCGCAACUUCUGCGCCAACACUUCUUGGCCGCCGAGAAAGUCGAUCAUGAAGUAGUAGAACGAGUGCAACGCAAACCCUUCGUAGAAAUCGCGGAUCGUUUCAAAGUACAGCUUUUGCUCGGGGAUCGUGAGCGCCAGGUACGACGUGACGGCGUACAGCGGCACCAUGAGCAACAUGCGAAUCACGUACUUGCGGAUGCCGGCCUGAGGGUUGUACAGCAAGUGUGUCCAUACGUCCCACCCACUGAGGAGGACCGUCAGCAGCGUCAUCGCUGCCGAGAUGGCAAAGGUCAGCGUCAGGAGUUCCAUGAUUUCGACCGAUGACCGUCUGACUUCCUUACUGCAGUGAAAGAAAGUGACUCAGCA